GCUGCGCACAUACCACGUCCAUAUUCACAUCCACAGCGAGCAGCCGUUAGGUAUAUAAGGCUGUAUAUAGGCGAUCCGCGAGAUACACACCCGGAAAGUUGGAAACCAGGAUGACGGACGUGCCGGAGCCCGUGCGCAAGUGCGCCAACCUGUUGAAGGGCACGCGCAGCGACACAGAGAAGUUCGCAACCCUGUUCAUGGUCACCAAGCUGGUGAAGGGCAAGGACUGCAAUGCGGAGGGCAAGAAGCUGCUCUUCGAGGCCAUUGGAUUCCCCUUCCUCAAGAAACUGCUGGUGUCCAAGGACCUGCCCAGCGAUUGUCCCCCGCUGGUGUACAAGAGCGUGGCCCUGUCCAUCCUCACCUGCUUCUGCCAGGAGGAGGAGCUGGCCACGCACAAGGACAUAAUCGAUGCCAUACCCACGCUGCUGGAGAUCGUGGAGCAGGCCGAUGACGAGGACUACGAGGACAACCUGAUUGUGGUCAGCGAGGCCUACAGCUGCUUGAAGAGCAUCGCCAGCCAUGAGCCGGGCCAGCAGGCUCUCCUGGCCACCGGUGCCAUUCCCAAGAUGUCCCAGAUCUACUCCGCCCAGAGCUUCCAGACCGAUGAGGCCCUUCAUCUGAUCGUGCUGCUGGUGAACCAGUUCGGAAAGAUCUCCUGGCCCGAGGACCCCACCGCCUUCCACGCCCUGAUCCAGAGGAUCGCACUGGACAUGGAAACCGACCACACGGACAGGAAGUACGAGCUGUGCCGGAUUCUGGCCGACAUCCUGAUCACCUGUCGUAAGGAGAUUGUGAUUAAUUCUUUGGAGGGUCAAAUCUGGCCAGAGAGCUUGUUCAAGGGCUGCGGCGACAUCCUGAAGGCCAAGAUUGGGCCCAAGCAGAGGGAUCCAGCCCUGCACCUGAUAGCCACCACCCUGCAGGUUCUGGGCAUCCAGUGGGCCUUCAUGGACGAGCAGAAGCAGUUCUUCCUGCAGCUCCUCCAGCUGGCGGCCAUCGAGGUGCGCAUGCAGAUGGAUGAAAAGAAGCUGGAGACCACCUUCAAGCAGGCGGAUCUGCUUUCCUGCUGUUUUGUAAUCCUGGAGCAGUGUAUCGAGUACAUGGCCACCGACCAGCUGGACCUGGAACCCAAGGAGAAGCAGACCACCUACACGGCUCUCAAGGGUGCCUUUAAUCAGGUCGUAGCUGUUCUGACCCGAGUUAGCCAGGACAAGAUCCGGGACAGUGCCAAUCCCCGGGACAAGAAGUUUGUGGUGGCCAUCGUUAAGGUUUUGUCCGCUUGGCUUGCCCAGGAAACCACGGCCAUGAGACCGGCCAUCUACAAGCUUCUGCCCUUUAUGCUCAAAGUGGCCAACGAGAGCUUCCACGAUCUGAAGACCUGGAGGGCGGGCCCCAGGGAGGGCGAACCCCCUAUCGAUGUCCUGAGGAUCAUGUUGCCGGCCCUCUGCCACUUUGCCGUGGAGGAGGAGGCCAGGAGGGUGCUUUUCACUCACAAACAGGAUGAGGUGCUCUUGGAAGCCCUGGAGUUUUACUUCAGCAUUGCCCACUGGAAGAGGCCGCCCAUUCCGCGAGCUGAGCGCUUGAAGCGUAUGAACGAGCCGGAUCCGGUUCCCACGCCCGAGCAGCAGGCGGAGAUGAAGGUGGCCAGGACUGCCAUCGUGGCGCUGUGCAACAUCCUGAUGAACUUCACGGUUCUGGAGCCCAAAAAGGCCGAGGACGGAGCCACCUUUGCCAGCCUGCUUAAGUUCGUGGUCGAGAACCUGCCCGAGUUGAAGGAUACCCCCGACAACCUGGUGAUCCACGGCAACCUAGCGGUCCUGGGACUGCUCCUCCUGAAGCAGCAGUCCAAGAAGGUGAAGCAAAACGACUUCUCCAUCUGUCGCUACAUCCAGGCCACCAUCCGCUUCCUGUGGGACGCUUACAACAUCGACGAAAGCAACGACCCCACCGCCCUGGUGGUGUCCAUUGCCUACAAGGGCUUUUGGUCGGACCUCUCGGAACUGUGGUUCCUGGGCAUGCAGACCAUGUGCGGAGUACUACCUCUAGUGCCCUGGCUAUCAGAGUUCGCCCUGGAAUCCGGCUGGGCCGAGGGCAUUGUGAAAACCCUGAAGAAGGUGAAGAUCGGCACGCUGCCGGCCAAUGUGAAAUCCGCCUACGAGGACUUCCUCUCCCAGCUGGUGGACGUCAAUGGCGAUGUCCAGGCCGUGCUCAAGAAGGCGGAUGCCCUGCGCGUGUGCCGCAACCACAGGAUGAUGGAUCUAGGCAAGAAGCUCUUUGGCGACUAAGUCUCAACACUCUCCUACCUUGCGGAGGCAUUUUUUGUGUGUGAUUUGUGAACAAGCGAAAAAUGGAAAUAUUUUGUAUGGAUUUUAUUCUAUUUUAUAUGCUCUAUUUUAAUGAUUAAACAACUAAAUUUAUAUAAAACAAAAAAAUAAAUACAGCCAUUUUUAAAAACA